GGACCAAUCUGGGCGCAUUUACUCCUUCAUGGCGCACGUCGUGUACGUUCAACGAGGAAUAAUUAUCGCUCGCAUUUGACGCAGUGCGUUAGUCUGAUAUUACAAACGGAAAAGGACGUAAUAUAGUGCCGCGUGCAUACGCGAUACGCUUCCCCGAGCAAGUAAAUCCGUGGUUUCUAGUGCUCCGUAACAAAGAACGCGGCUAUCAGAGACACUGCUAAGAAAACUUGACAUUGGAACGGCCAUUUUGGCGUGUUGUUUCCUAAUCGAGUGCUCAGCUCGGCAUCGAUAUCCAUCCAUUUCAAGGAAAUAGAUAAUAUUUCAUCAUUUUCAAAAUGAUGACAGAACACAUAAACUCCAACCAUGUCCUGAACUCUGGUUUGAAUUCCAAAUCAGAUAUAGACAAAAUGGAUGAUGUUGGUUGGAAAGCGAAAUUAAAAAUUCCACCAAAGGACAAACGUGUGAAAACUAGUGAUGUCACUGAUACGCGUGGCAACGAGUUCGAGGAGUUUUGCUUGAAGCGCGAAUUGUUGAUGGGCAUCUUUGAGAAGGGCUGGGAGAAGCCAUCCCCGAUCCAAGAGGCCAGCAUUCCCAUUGCACUGUCUGGUAAAGAUAUCCUGGCCCGCGCAAAGAAUGGCACCGGGAAAACUGGGGCCUACUCAAUCCCAGUGCUAGAACAAGUCGAUCCACGAAAAGAUGUGAUCCAGGCACUGGUCAUUGUACCCACCAGAGAGUUGGCUCUCCAGACAUCGCAGAUUUGCAUCGAACUGGCAAAACACAUGGACAUUAAAGUAAUGGUGACUACCGGAGGGACCGACUUGCGGGAUGAUAUUAUGAGGAUUUACCAGAAAGUGCAAGUAAUAAUAGCAACGCCAGGAAGGAUUCUUGAUCUCAUGGACAAGAAUGUUGCUCAGAUGGAUCAUUGUAAAAUUCUAGUUUUGGAUGAAGCGGACAAACUCUUGUCGCAAGAUUUUAAAGGAAUGUUGGAUCACGUCAUUUCGAGAUUACCGCACUCACGUCAGAUAUUGCUUUACUCGGCAACGUUCCCGCUGACAGUGAAGCAGUUCAUGGAGAAACACUUGAGAGAUCCAUACGAGAUUAAUUUAAUGGAGGAGCUUACGUUGAAAGGCGUGACGCAAUACUACGCCUUCGUACAGGAACGACAGAAAGUCCAUUGUCUCAACACACUGUUCUCCAAGUUGCAAAUAACACAAAGUAUAAUAUUCUGCAAUUCGACACAACGUGUCGAAUUACUCGCGAAAAAGAUAACAGACCUAGGUUACUGCUGUUAUUACAUACACGCGAAAAUGGCGCAGGCACACCGAAAUCGCGUGUUCCACGAUUUCCGAGCAGGACUUUGCAGAAACUUGGUGAGCAGUGACCUGUUCACGCGCGGUAUCGACGUCCAGGCCGUGAACGUCGUGAUCAACUUCGACUUUCCAAAAAUGGCUGAAACCUACCUGCACCGCAUCGGACGGUCGGGACGGUUCGGUCACCUAGGCAUAGCGAUCAACCUAAUCACGUACGAGGACCGUUUCAACCUGCACCGCAUCGAGCAGGAGCUUGGCACGGAGAUCAAACCCAUCCCAAAGGUAAUAGAUCCAAGUUUGUACGUAGCGCGGCCCGAAGACAAUAACAGUAUGGAAGAGGGCAACGUGUCCAAGUAGUUCCGAUGCUUAAACGACGUUUUACACGCGCUCAAAGAGUUAACAAGUGUAAAAUGGUGAUCCGUGUGGCUCGUACACGUCUAUGGCAUAUGUACAUUUUUCGAUAUGCUUCGAAACUAACCGCAGAGUGAAACGAUUACACGUUCUCGCUCUCAUCGGGGGAAAAGUAUUGUCCGGGUGUGUUUAAAAAACAAAACAAAACAGUGUAUAAAGACGAAACAGUGCUAUGGACAUUUAGAUAAAAACAAAAAAGUGGUCUAUAUAGAGAAAACAAAAAAAUGUUGAAAAUUUCAAUUCAUAGUAAAUGCAGCGGAUAUUGAAAAAAAAAAUGAAUUUACUUGUAAAUAAGGCAUGGCUGAGGCAUUGAGACGUGCUCAGUGCGAUGGUGAACUGAUGCGGCAUGCCGGGUGCGAGUCAUUUCUUUGUACAUAGAUACAUGUAAAUGUACAUAAUCUAAAGCGCGCGCGUCAGAGUCAAGCCAUUAUCAACCCAAGCACAACAGCAUAAUUAACAUUUAAUCAUUGCAUUUUACCGCAGACUGUAAAUAUCACACGAGAGUAUCGAUCGUUUUAAUAGAUAAAAUUUUUAUACGACGGGCUUCAUACUUCCAACGUAUUUCCGUUAAAACCCAAUGGGAUACGCGAUUCGAAAAGUAACAAAAAAAAAGAGAGACGAUAAAAGCAACUUGGAUUCGCUGUUUUUUUGUAAAUAAAUCCCAUUGAUUUCGCAGCACGUGUGUAAAUUCUCCUUGAAUACCGCAGAUUCGAAUUAUCGUAUUCUUACAACCGUUUUGAUCAUGGCUUGAUUUUGCUACCCUGUCAAUGCUAUCAUACAACUCUGAGAUUCAAAUCACUUUUCACCGGAAAAAAAAGAGGAAACGCAAGAUUAUUUUUUCUUUCUACAAAGCAACAAGACUUUCUUUUCUUUUUUUAACUUAAUCUGAUAUAUUUUUUUUUACGAAAUCGUGAUUGAACGUCAGAGAUUGUAAAAUUGACUAGUUUUAUAUAAUUAUUUUUUAUAAAUAACUGGCUGGUGGCAUUUGUCGAAUUCCGGGAUUCGGUGGGUGGCUUCUAUUCGAAUAUUCACGUCUCCGUUCGUCAAACAGCGAUUAAUUUUCGACAGGACUUGUGAUCCCCUCGACAGAAUUUAGAUGAAAAAAAAAAUACAGUACGAAACGUGUAUAUAGCAUAAUAAUUUUUCACGACUGCCAAAAAGAGAAAUAAUAGAGCGUCAUUGAAUCCCGUUUUUAUCCCAGAUUUUUCUCUAUUUGAUACAUUUGUUGGUCGUGCGAAUGAAAAAGGUUUAGGAGCCCCGAUUUUCCAUCAAAUUUUUAUUGUCGCAAAUAUUUCAUUUGAGAGGAAGUGCACCACCAGCCAAGACGACCUAGGUUUAUGGAACGAAAUGCGUAUACAUUAAUAGGCAAUAGUAGAGUACUUCAUAUUUGAGGCAAACAAAAUUCGAUGAGGGAGUAGAAAAAAAAUAUGAAGCUGAACGGUUUCGAACGCGUUCAGGACAGUAAUAUCGGUUCUGACAUUCGCGAAUACCACAGGAGAAAAAAAUGUGACUGCUCGGAUAGAAUGGAAAUAUCGCAGAUUUUAUAAAAGACGAGGAGACGUUCGGACGUCGUAUAAGUCGUGCAAUUAAGCUCGGAAACAUUCUUUGACUCUUCGUUCGCUAUUGCUUAUCAAUGACAUGUUUAAAUAGCACGAGGCUGACUUGUACAUCAGAAGAUUCCAUCCUCUUUCCACGAGACAACCGGUAACAGAUCAAUUCUAUUCUCGAGAAAAAUUGACGUAAAAACUCUCACAAUUAAGUACUGUGAUUUAGAUUACACUGGACCGCGUUGGGAACCGUUCCUCGAUUGAAUAUAUAAUUUGAUACAUAACGACGUUUCGAUAUUGGAAAACACACACACAUGGUCACUCGCUCAUUCGCUCGCAAAUUUUACACAUCCAGUGUGGAAAAAAAAAUGGCAUUAUCAAUCGACUUACAUUAUUUUUGCCAGUACGAGGAGCAAUGUGAUUUUUGCAAAUCGAUCGUAAAACCGUUGUUACAAGCAAUCAGAUCAUAAAUGCUUGGAACAAUCGGGAUAAAUCAAUCAAGGGAAAUCCUUUCUACGUUCGGAUUAAAUCCCAACGUCGGAAGAAUGAUUAUUAGAAAUUGGCGAUGAAUCUUGAACAAAAUAAUUAUAAUAAGCAUCGUAUUUAUAACGAUUUAGGGGAAGACACUUGCACAGUGUUUUUUCAUUGCGGCUCUAUCUUUUUACCAAUUAAUACGUUUCCUUUUCUCGUACGCGAUGACGCUCCGGGUACGAAAGGACUUUUUGAAUUUUCCCUCGAGUGAAAUCGCGUACGAACUUCGUUCUGUAAUAUUGUAACCACUUUUCUUUCUGUACCUUAUAAUUUUUCCAUCGCAACACGUAAUUCAGUAAGGAACAGUAUUCCGGGCUCGAAGUGAUUACCGGUCUACGAUUAAAUUUUCCUCUUGUUUUGGUGGGGAGUUCGUUUGUCUUUGGCGAAGUCUUACUGAAUUAUAAUUCGAAGCACCAUUAGAUCCGGCCCACUCCGGAAUCUAUUUUGCGAACUAUAUUUUAAUAAUCGAUCUUUAAAAGAGUCAAGAGCGCGAAAUACAUUCUAUUAUUUUGCUGUUAUUAGGUCCGUUUUCGAGACACUAGAGAACGAGCUUAAUAACAGUGAAUUCUAAUUACUUUUUGGGAGGCAUUCGUUCGUAGAGAAACGCGACUAAUUUUUAAUCUUGGCUCUUUUUGAAGAAUACGUGUGAAAUCUCUAGUAGAGGGUGAUAAAAUACGUACAGACCGAAGGGAUUCCAUAACGAAAGCUUCUCCAUUUUCUACAUGGAAUCGAGUCAUCUUAAAGCGGAAUUUACGUUUCUCUUUGCCAACGUCCCCUUAGGUCUGUCGUGUUUCCAAGUGAAAUCUUGGAUAAGUAUCAGUUUUGGUAUGGAUGCACCUUUGUAAUAUGAAAGUGCUGGGAGUGUUAACAUCUUGGAUCUGUGGUACGUGCAUAGGCCCUUUUGGUCAUCGAGGAAAGGGCCGACAAAUAUUAAACGAACGAUUCGUAUACGGUGACGAAUUAUUACGAAUCGAUUCGUAUAUGGUGAAGGAAUAACAUCUUUCGAGGCUGCCUUCGGGAUCUUAGGUUCAUCGAAGUCAGCCUCGACGCCUCCACCUUUGCAUUGGGUCCUGAUCCAAUGCCCGACGAGCUGCGUACUAUGAAAAACGCCAAUAACAAUAGCUAAAUGAAUUCGGUCUCAAAUAACUAUAAAAAUGUCGAACGGUUUUGUAGUCCGGACAGCUCGUUCUUCACAUUGGAGCAAGAUCUCCAAUAAUUCGUAAAAAAAUAUUAAAAAAAAAUACAAAAAAAAAAUGAAUGAUUGAAACAGAGGAAAGUAUUGUCACAAAUACGUGACAAUUCAUCGUAAUUUACCACGAAAUUUUAUUUUAUGUUUAUACAAUAGCGAUCGGAAAUCUUUGAACAUUGUUUAAUUGCGAAUGAAUACAUUUUCCAAAAUUCUACUGUUUCUGUAUGAACAAUCUGCUCGAUUGUUUGCGACAUUUGUUUAUCUUUUGACAAAAGAAGAGAAAUGUUCGAAAAAUACUCUUGUGAAUGCAGCUCGCACAAUACCACGGACUUGUUUUUAAUCCCCAUUCGGACUUUCCUUUUUUUCUAAAUAUCUCCGAGAAGCAAUAAGAGUUAACACGUUGUAAAACAUCCAUGUGGUAUUGUCCGGUCUGCACACAAUUAAAAGACAAAAAAAAAAAUUAAAAAAAAGGGAGGAGGAGAAGAAGAGGAAGAAGAUGGUAUGAUCUCUGGAUGAUCGUAUAUGUUGAUCGAAUGUUUUUUUGUAUGAGAAAUUUUGUAUCAAUAAUUUGGAACCCCUCGUCUGUGUUGUCUAACGUUCAAUUUAACUUGAAAAUUCACGUGCGAGAAACAAAAGGUAAGAAGAAGAAGAAGAAGAAGAGGAAGAAGAGGAAGAAGAAGAUAGAAUUAUUUGUAAUUUCAGGAACGUGAAAAUUGUUUAUUUCUCAGUUUGUGUCGGCGUUAUAAAAGAAACCUUUUUUUUAUUUGUUUUCCCAAAGCACAGACCCUUAUUGAAAAAAGAGACAGAAUAAUAAUGAAAUCGAAGAACCGAUGUCAAUUUGUUUUCGAAAGGAACAAAACAGUAAAAUUUGAUUCUUAAUAAAAAUUUCCGGUUCAGUGUA